CAGCUUAUUUCCUAGUGAGGUCGUUUACUUGUAUCUUGUAUCAUUGCUUGUCGCAGGUUCUCGUAUUAGCUUUUCUACUAAAGUAAAAUCUUCCUUAUAGUAUCGUGUUGAAUAUUAAUUGAAGUUAAUUUGUUCUAUUGAAAAAUUAAAAUGAUUGGACGUCCUAGUCAAAUUAUAUUGGCCUCUAAGAACAUAACUAGUCUUCUGAAGAAUCCAGCAAUCACUCAAAUUUGUCUUAGAAAUGGAUCUUCCAAUGCUCAACCAGUAUCACAAGAAAGCACUAAAGUAGAAGAAAGACCAUAUCGUCCGUAUUCUCCAUUUCAAAAUACAAAUAGUAAGGCUGAAUAUGCUGUUGCUCGUUUAGACGAUAUUUUGAACUGGGGCCGUAAGCAUUCACUUUGGCCUUUAACUUUUGGAUUGGCUUGUUGUGCCGUGGAAAUGAUGCACAUAGCUGCUCCUCGAUAUGAUAUGGAUCGAUAUGGUGUUGUUUUUCGUGCAUCACCUCGUCAAGCUGAUCUUAUUAUAGUUGCAGGAACGUUGACAAAUAAAAUGGCCCCAGCUCUAAGGAGGGUUUAUGAUCAAAUGCCUGAUCCAAAAUGGGUCAUUUCAAUGGGAAGCUGUGCAAAUGGCGGUGGUUAUUAUCACUAUUCGUACUCAGUUGUAAGAGGAUGUGAUAGGAUUAUUCCAGUUGAUAUUUAUGUACCCGGUUGUCCUCCAACUGCAGAAGCAUUGAUGUAUGGUAUCUUACAGUUGCAAAAAAAAAUUAAGAGAAUGACGCUUACUCAGAGCUGGUACAGAAAGUAAUUGUAAUUACUUAUAACAUUUGUAUUGUGUAUUACAUAUUUUACUUUUUGUUAAAUUGAAAAUGUUUAUAUAGCACAGUUUCGUGUUAUGUACUCUAGAUACUAGUUUAGUGUAUUGAAAUAUAUCAAUUCGCUGUGUUAA